UUAUAAAAAGUAAUUUUUCAAUAAAUUUCCUACUUCAAUCCAUAAGAAAGAAACCCUUUAAUUUCUCUUUCAAAUUUGUUUUAUAAUAAUUUAUUACAACAACAACAAACGAAAGUGUUGUUAAACCCUUCAUCAUGGCCUUAAAACAGAAUUUAUCAUCAUCCCCCUAUCUUAAUAAUACUUUAUUGAAAUUCACCAUUAUCUCAGUGAUAUUGGUUGGUACAUUUGUUGUCUCAACAUCGGCUAAAAAUUUGGAUUUAGACUCACAACAACAACAACAGCUACAGCAUCAUAGUCAUCAUCACAGUCAUAAUAGACGUUUGCAACGUCGCGAUUCUACUCUUACAGAAUCGGCGAAUCAACAUUGUAAUGAGGUUCGCGAUUAUUUCGAAUCGAUUGAUAUACAAUUGCCGCAGCAUUUUAAUGAAAAAGGUAAGCUUUACAUAAUGAAUUUGAUGUAACUUUUUUGUGCUUUUGAAGUAAGUAUUUUAUUGAAUUUACGUA